AUGUUUGGGAGACUAAGGGCAUCUUCUUCUUCGCUAGACAGCUUGGAGAGACCGCCUUCCAAGAUUCUCAAAGAUGAUUCUCUCUCUAUCUACGAGGCUACAUUGAUGAAGCUUAAACUAGGUUCUCAACGUGAUCUAAGUUCAGCGUUUGACGAGGCAAUGGAAAUGGAAAGUGAGUGUAGCACUACAUGUGCUUCAAGUUCCAUGGAGUCCAACAAUACCUCUACAAAUGCCUUGAAAAGUUUACAGCAUGUUAUAACCUCACCUGACGAGGAAGCAAUGACAGUAGAUCCAGAUUGUUCGUCUGUGAGUGAUCGGUCAAGUUUUAGUGCUACCCAGUCUACGGGUGACUCAAAAGAGCAGCAAAGCAAGAAUGUUUCAGUGCUGUAUCUGUUUUCCAAGUAUAAUAAUUCCCGACAUGCAUUGACCCCUCACGGAGAGGCAAUGCUGAUAGCAAGCAAAUGUUCUGUGAGUGCUUAUGGUAGUUCUAGCAACUCCCAGUCUCUAGGCAGCUCAAAAGAGCAACCUGAACAUGAAUGCCGUAGUUCCUCAUCUGUUUGUCGGAUAUUGACAGAGAGAAUCUGUUAUGAUAAAGGAGUUAAUGAUUCUGUUAUGAUAAAGGAGUUAAUGAAGAGAAAUUGGGGGAUUGAAGUGCUGCGUGCUUACAAUAGAUUGGCUACUUUUGGUGUAAGUGUAGGAGGCAGUGGUGAUGGGGUCAAAUGUAGCUCUAUGAAUAAAUGUCUUAGUUCUCACAAUGAUAAUAACAGCCUAUCUACAAGCAACAGAGAAACGGUAAUGGAGCAGGACUGUGUCAGUUCUUUACCACUUCGUCCAAAUAUAACAACUAUCAGCAAGCAUCAACCUAAUCUUGUGACUUGUGAGAAAGCAAUGGCAAUUCUGACUCAUUGA